AUGUCCACAUCUCCCAUGGUAACAAGCGGUGACCAAUGGUCGAAACCAGCAACAACAAACACUCCAGCAACAACCGUAAAAACAAACAACACCUUAUUAGCAGAAGGCACUGAUCAGCAGAACAUGGAAAACUUGCCAUCUGCAUCCACAACUGCCUCAACAGGAGACACCAAUGCACAGGCCGCCUCAACCAGCAUGACAGAACCUAAGAACCCUACUGAACCUACUGAACCUCCAACCACACAAGCAGAGGAGAUUCUCACACAAAACGUUUCAGAAGUUCGUUUUGAGCAAAUCUCAACAGCAGCAACAACAACAACAACAGCAGACACGAGCAAGACACAAGAACCUUCUGCAAUGACCUUUGAAGAUGUAACCUCCAAUACAAGCACAGGAGAGCCCAGUGAAGAGCAUCCACCCAUCAUUACCGAAGAAACCACCUCUCCAGUCACAGCUACAGGAGGUGGAACCGAAGAGGUGGCAAAACAACGUGUAGAAACAACAACCAUGAUGGCACCAUCUCACCAACCUGCCCAUACCACAACGGCAAGUGUAACUGUCAUGAGUGGUGAUGAGAAUACUGAUGAUCCACUCCGAGCCAAUUACCUCAAUAAGAGUUUCUACCAUUUGAAAGAUGUCGAUGAGGAAACUCUGAAUAGCUAUUGCAAAUACUUUGGAGAGAAUGUCGAGGGUCUCACCUCCAAGUACAGAAAGCUCGCUCGUCUCAUCUCCCACUAUCCAAACUUUGUACGGCGAGGCAUGGAACGUUUCACCUUAGAUAACUUGAAGGAAAUGUGCCAAGAGUUGAAUUUAUCAACGGAAGGAAAGAAGAGUAUUCUUAUUGAUCAUCUCUUUGAUUACUACAUGAAUAUCCAUAAAGGAGACUCACUCGAAAUGAUGGUCACGAACGAGGCUGGUACAACAACAACAGCAAGGGUGAAAAAGACGAGUCCAAAACUAGGUGAAGAGAAGGAGGCAGCAGAGGAAGAGGCAGCAGGACCUACAAGAACACGUGCUGCUCCAAGAAAAGCAAGAACUCAACGAGGAAAGACUAAAAAAGCCAUGGAGGAAGAGGAAGAAGAAGAAGAAGGAGCAGCAGCCGAAGAGGAAGAAGAAUCUGCUCAUGGACCCAGUGGUACCUCAACGAAGAAACGAAAGAUGUCCCACGCUGAUACCACCACAGCUCAAGAAACGAGCAUUAGUAAGAGUGAAUUCUUGAGAUUGGCUCGAGAAUUGCGUUUCACGGUGGAUGAUAGGGAACAUGUGGCUCAUCAGAAGGGAGAACUCCAUGGCUCCUUUGGGUGGCAUUACAGUGGAAAAUCAAAUAUUGUGUUGGAUCGUUAUAAUGUUCCUGUAACUAUUACUUUGAAUGUGGUCGUGAAUAAGAGUGGAAGAAAGAAGGAGGAGUAA